UGGCGCUAGUGAACCUUUGCUUUUCUUUGUUUAACACCAGAAGAAGCGGCUCCGCGGUGUCAACAUGGCCGAGCCAGAGUCUGAGAAGGUGAUCAAGCUAGUUCCUGAGUUUCUCCUGAAGAAAAGGAAAACCUACCAGGCGAUCAAAGCCACCCAGGCUAAGCUAGCUCUGCUGGAGAAGAGAAGGAUCUCAAAAGGAAAGCCUUUAAAGUUCAAGCGUUUGGAGGACUUCCUGAAAGACAGCCACAAGAAGCAUCGUGAUGACACUCGCCUCCAGAGGGCACACCACAGGCCACCUGCCCCGCUGCCGUCGGCCAAGAACAAACUGGCCUUCGUUGUUCGCAUCAGAAUGGUCAAAGGUGUCAGCCCCAAAGUCAUGAAGGUGAUCCAGAUGAUGAGGCUGAGGAAGAUCUUCAGCGGAGCCUUCAUCAAGAUCAACCAGACGUCCGUCUCCAUGAUGAGGAUGGUGGAGCCCUACGUGGCGUGGGGAUAUCCCAACCUGAAGUCAGUCCGGGAGCUCGUCCUGAAGAGAGGCCAGACCAGGAUCGGCAGGAGAAGGGUUCCUCUGACAGACAACAACUUCAUAGAGCAGCACAUGGGUAAACACGGCAUCAUCUGUCUAGAAGACCUGAUUCAUGAAAUCUACUCAGUUGGGAAGAAUUUCCGGGCGGCCAACAACUUCCUGUUGCCAUUCAAGUUGUCGGUGCCUCGUCACGCCGCCAAGGACAAAGUCGGGCUCCUUAAAGACGUGGGGGACCCGGGCUUCCGCGGGACGGAUAUAAACUCCAUCAUCAGACUGCUGAACUGAUCGGAGACACAACGGGGACGUUAAGGACCAGAUUUAAAGUGAUCAGCAGAAACAAUGACUGGUUACUUUUAAUUCCACCCACAUAUUCAGGGUGGGGACCGUGAUUGGACUAAAGGGUAACUCCUGGACUAGACGAUGGUCACUGGUGGACUUUUGUUGUCUAACCUUGACCAGUGGACACGGAUUUAAAGAUGAACUCCUAACAUGGAGGCUUUAAAAGUAUCAAACAUUGAUUUAUGACAAAUGAAAACCCUUAAGAAGUAAAACAGAUUUAUUGAAGUCCUACGUUUGGUUAGUGUUGACACGUUUCAGACUCCAUCUAAUGAACCUCUUUUGUAAGUGACUGCCUGGGCUGGCUUAGCCGUGACUAGUGCUGCAGACACAGCUUCUCCCUCAUGGAGCUGAUUAGUGUUUUCUACCAGAGUUCAUGCUUCCCUGUUCAUAACGGAGGACUGCUGAAUAUGUUAACCGCUUGACUUGCAUGAAAGAUGCCGUAAUGUUUGGGCAGCCUUGUUAAUCGUAAUGAUUUUUCUGUAUAAAUCGUUGGUUGUUAAAAUAAAAAGUUUCAGUUAA